AGAGUACCAGAAAAUGAUCUAUAUCAAUUUAUCAGGCCUGGGGAACCUUUUUUCCUAUGGAGACAAGUUGGGGUAUUUUUUUACUAUGUAACCAAUGCAAUGGGCAUCAUUCUACUCCUGGUAAUAAACACAGUAUAUGAGAAGGAAAUAGGGGCAAAAGUCUGGAUCACAACAGCUUUGCUAGAAAUCGGAACUGGCUAUUACAUCCCUCCAAAUGACUUCCAGUACCUCCAUGGUUCUCUAUCCUUUGCAAUUCAGACCGGAAUAAGGAGCAGCAAAGGUGACAACUAUAAAUCGCCGUCCAAUCUUGUGGAUUCUUUGGAUGAAGCGUUUCAGUGUUCAUAUUCAAAGCAUUUGUUGUCCGUGAAAGGCAGGAAAAGAUGCAAAGAGGAGGAGAAACUGGAGCCAUUAUCCCAAUGGGAGCCUGAGAGAGUCCUGUUUCUAGACAGCUAUGGCACUUACAUCAAUGUUCACGCUGUGGCUCAGGCCUUGCAUGUUUCGCUUUCAUCAAGAUCCCAGAGGAGGCUGAUGGUGGAGGAAGGAGAGCAAUGGGGACCCCAAAGGCUACAGCCGUGGCAGCUUCACCCUUUCUUGAGAGAAAUCCAGUGUCUGAAUACUUCCAGAGGCAGGCUGUGCUUGGAUGAGAACUGGGAACUACCAGGAGACUUCGAUAUUAUAAACUGGGUGAUGUCUCCCAAUAAGUCUCGUGACCUUGUGAAAAUUGGAAAUAUAAGGAGAGAGACGUCUGCUAGCAUAAAGUUCACCAUUAACCCAGAAGCUAUUGAGUGGCCCAAGAAAUUCAACAAGGUAAGGGGAAUCACAGAGAGGGGAGGCUAGGAGAUCCUGAAUAUAUUUUUCCUUGAACAACUACUGCAAAAUGACUAUAUCAGGUUGACCAAUGAUGUCUUGACCGUCCAAUAACAGCUGCAACCACCACUGCUUCUUUCCACAGCAGCUGAGAUAGGAGGGGAAUUUGGGGUGCUCAGAGAAAGAAUAGAGCCCAGAGGUCCUUAGAAAAGACACUACCUAUUUCCGAACCAGACUGAGAAUUUAAGAAUUCUGGACAGAAUCUCUAACCGAAUAGACUACGUAGAUAAGAAGAAAAGGGAAAACACCUAGUAAAAGUGAACUAUUGGGUUUUCAUACAUGCAGAAGGAUGGAAAGCAAUUUAUUUUUGAAAUGAUAAUUACUGAUUUAUUGUGGAAUUUUUAAAUUUGUGGAGUAUGCUCACUUGUAGAUGUUGCAAAUGUUAAACUAUUGUAUGUGCAGGAAUUAAGAAGUGCACAGCAGUUGGUGAAGGAUGAUAAGUUUUUUUAAAAAACCC